AGAUCUUUUGCUAUAACAUGAAUAGAAAGUGUUUUCAAUUUCUAAAAAUGCGAGUUUCACUUCUUUUCUUCUUUAUAGGGUUAGUCGUUGCUGGCAAUACUCUCGAUGAAUUGUCAGACGAAUAUAUAGAAAACAUCAACAAACAAAGCUUAACAUGGAAAGCUAGGAGAUUUUUCGAUGAUUCCAUGACAUUAUCGGAUAUCAAAAAUUUGCUUGGAGUUUUAAGGCCCGAAAAUAAACUUGGGAGCUUACCUGUUCGAUAUCACGAUGAGAAGGAUGAUACUGAAAUUCCCGAAAGUUUUGAUGCAAGAAAAAAAUGGGCCAACUGCGAAUCGAUUCAUAUGAUUAGAGAUCAAGCAAACUGCGGAUCUUGUUGGGCUUUUGCUGCAGUCGAAGCAAUGUCUGACCGCAUAUGCAUCCAUUCAAAUGGUGAAAAACAGAUAUUAGUAUCAGCAGAAGAUCUUUUAUCGUGUUGUGGUAUAGAAAAAUGUGGAAAUGGUUGUGAUGGUGGUUAUCCCGCAGCAGCAUGGGAAUAUUGGUACACUGAUGGUCUUGCCAGCGGUGGACUUUACCAAAAUUCAACUCAAGGAUGUAAAGCAUAUUCAUUGAAGCCAUGCGACCACCACAUAAAGGGAGGAAUCAACUGCACUGGCCAUGCGAGUACACCUGCAUGCACAAAACAAUGCGACAAUUCGACUCUCGAUUAUAAAUCUCAAAAAACAUUCGGAAAAAAACCUUACGCUUUAUCAAGUAUCGUCAAGGACAUUCAAAUUGAAAUUAUGACCAACGGCCCUGUGGAAGCAUCUUUUGACGUUUAUCCCAGUUUUCUAGUCUAUUCAACAGGUGUCUACAGAAUGCAGGAGGAUAAUUUAACCAGUAUUGGCGGGCACGCAGUUAAAAUUAUCGGUUGGGGCGUAGAAGAAAAAGUACCAUAUUGGUUGGUAGUGAAUUCAUGGAAUGAACACUGGGGUGACAAAGGAUUAUUCAAAAUUGUACGAGGGGAAAAUCAUUGUGGUAUCGAGGAUCAUAUUGUAGCUGGUUUACCUGUUGGUAGUAGUGGAGUAGCCAUUUUGGCAAAAAUAGAAAUACUUGCUCUCAUUAUGUCAGUUUUAUCAUAUUUUUCAUGGUCAGUAUGAAUUUUGAAGUGAAGUAACAUUUGCAAUAUACACUUUUCAGUAAAAAAUGCUCAAUAUUUA